UACCUGGCUACUUUAAAGCAAUGCAUGAAACAAGACGAGUGUGUCGCCAUUUCAGUUCCGCCGCCGUUUUCUUCCAUUUUCCAUAUUUUCACUGCUUCUCGACCUCCCUAGCUACCAAGCUUAAACCCUACACUAUACUUCCUCUCUGUAGCUAGCUAUCAAAUUAAAUUAAUUUGUAACCUUUCUGUAUCUAACUAAUUAUAUUCCAUAUUUGAGCGUAUCUAUGUAUAAAUACCCUUUAAAUCUCUCCAAGUUCAACAUCAACUAAUAAACCCCUACAACUUUCAUAACAUCUCAUUUUUACAACCACUAAAUCCAUUCAAUUGAUCAAGAUCAUCAUAACCGUAGGUCUCUAGCUCUCUUUCUGUUUCUUAUAUAUUGAGCAAAUAACAUGGAAAUGUUGAUGUUGUGUCUACAUUCUAUCCUGUUUUUCAUUUUCUUGGUCAGCUUAAACAAUAUUAACAUAUCAUCUGCCGAAACAAGUUAUAAUGUGCAAACUUAUGGUGCCAAACCGAAUGGGAAAACAGACUCCACCCAAGCCUUCCUUCAUGCAUGGACAGCGGCAUGUGGCUCUACUGAUCCGACUAUCAUUUACAUACCAGAAGGAAGAUAUCUGCUUGGUUCUGUGGCCUUUAGGGGUGGUAAUUGCAAAAGUCCUGAUAUCACUAUAAGGAUUGAUGGGACCCUGAUUGCUCCCGAGGAUUAUCGCAUUCUUGGUCUAGCCAGUAACUGGCUUAGCUUUGAAGGUGUCAGUGGUGUCUCCAUUGUUGGGGGGGCUCUUGAUGCUAAAGGAUCACCCUUGUGGGAUUGCAAAUCCAAAGGCAGCAAUUGCCCUGCUGGAGCUACGACUUUGAGCUUUGUGAACUCCAACAACAUAAAGAUUAAUGGAUUACUGUCACUAAACAGCCAAAUGUACCACAUUGUGGUAAAUGGCUGCCAGAAUGUGCAAGUCCAAGGAAUCAGAGUGAUAGCUGCUGGUGACAGCCCAAACACAGACGGCAUUCAUGUCCAAUUAUCAACUGAUGUUGUGAUCACGAAUUCUUCGAUUAAAACCGGGGACGAUUGUAUCUCAAUUGGACCCGGGACUAAGAACCUGUGGAUCGAAAGGGUCAGAUGCGGCCCCGGUCAUGGCAUCAGUAUCGGAAGCUUAGCCAAGACCGUGGAUGAGGCCGGGGUUCAGAAUGUGACAGUUAAGAGUACAAGUUUUACUGGCACUACAAAUGGGUUUAGAAUAAAAUCAUGGGCCAGGCACAGCACUGGAUUUGCUCGAGCAAUUCGAUUCAUUGGAGCCACUAUGAUUAAUGUCCAAAAUCCCAUUAUCAUCGAUCAAAAUUACUGUCCGCACAAUUUAAAUUGCCCCACUGAGGUGUCGGGCAUUCAAAUAAGUGAUGUCAUAUAUCAAGGCAUUCGAGGAACAUCUGCCACACCAGUUGCUAUAAAAUUUGAUUGUAGCUUCAAAUAUCCAUGCAAAGGUAUAACACUGCAGAAUGUAAACUUGACCUACUUGAGCAAAGAAGCUCAGUCAACUUGCACCAACGCAAUUGGAAAAACAUAUGGUCAAGUUCAGCCAGAUAAUUGUUUGUAAUUUUUUUUUUACUGAGAAGUAUAUAUUUUCUGUUUGUAAUUAACUGUUUAUUGGUAUUUGUUUGUCGAAGAACAAUAAUGUUGUUGAGAAGAGAACUAUAUAUUUAUUUCAUUGUUUCUCCAAUAUUAUCUUUAAUUGAUUACUAUUUGGUUA